UGCUAAUUAGUUCUCGUUAUUGUUAUUGUUGUUCUCAUAUCUUCUGCGUAUUAUCGCCAACAUACAGUGGGCAUUUCGCUGAAAAAUGCACUAAUUGGUUUCUUCAUUGGCUGUUCAUCGAUUGGAUUACCCAACGCUGCGUCACUGUGUCGAGAAAGUUGGCCAAACAAACGCAACUUUCUUCUGUCUGCCCAGUGGCGGUCGUUGCGUUAUCUGAGAAUUUCAUUCAUUUGCAGACGAACUUGCGCAAUGAAUCCCCUACUGGUCGCCCUAGUGGCGGUCAUAUCAGUGGCGUGCUGCGCCGCCCAACAGGAAUCCUGUUUUCCGCCCUUUGAGGGCCACCAGCCCAACGUCAACUCCUACAACAACCUCUAUGGGGGCGAGCAGGAUUUCUCCCUGGCGCUGCUGAACGCCAUCAACAAGCUGAUGCCAAAGCAGAAUCUCUUCUUUUCGCCCUAUUCCACCUACCACGCCCUGUUAAUCGCCUAUUUCAUGGCUGGGGGUGAGACCGAGGCCUACUUAAGAAAGGUGCUAAGGCUCGGGGACAACCAGCAAAGAUCCGAUAUCUACGCCGCCUACAAGCUGGACAGGCUGCUGACUGUGCAUCAGAACGCCGCCUAUGAGUUCACCAGCGCCAACAAGAUCUACGUGUCUGAUACCGUGAAGGUGCGGGGGUGUGUGAACGCAGAUUUUCCCCACGAGUUGGAGAGCUACCCCUUUAAAAGCGAUCCGGAGGGUUGCCGAAACUCCAUCAACCAAUGGGUGGAAAAUACCACGCACCACAUGAUUACCGAUCUGUUGCCUACUGGUUCCAUCGACGCCAGCACCAGUCUGGUUCUGGUCAAUGCGGCCUACUUCAAAGGCGUGUGGGAGAACAAGUUCAACCCCAACCUGACCAGGCCGGACAUCUUCUACGUCAGCCCCACUAAGCAGAUCAUGGUCGACAUGAUGCAUGUGGAGGGCAGCUUCAGGCAUGACAUCUCGGAGACUUUGGGGGCGCACAUUCUGGAGCUUCCCUACCAGGGCGACAACAUCAGCAUGUACAUUCUGCUGCCGCCCUUCUCCAACACGGAGGAUUCCAUCGACGCCACGUUGAAGAACCUCAACUUGGUGAACUUCCGGAAACUGGUCGAGCGCGACUCGCUGAUUUUCCGCACUGUGCAGGUUUCCCUGCCCAAGUUCAGUCUGGAGACCACCAUUGAACUGGUGCCGGUGCUCGAACAGAUGGGCGUGGGCGACUUGUUCCAGAGCGCCGGCAACUUGUCGGAGCUGUUGGAGGAGGGCGAGGCCCAGUUGGGGGGGGCGCUGCACAAGGCCCGCAUCGAGGUCAACGAGGAGGGCACGAAAGCGGCCGCCGCCACUGUCCUGUUCAGUUUCAGGUCAAGUCGGCCUGCCGAGCCGGCCCAGUUCAACUGCAAUCAUCCCUUCAUCUACUUCGUCUACGACAAAGUGCGCGCCGCCAUGCUGUUUGGUGGCGUGUUCCGAAGGCCCUACUAAGCCCUCUUGUGAUCCGUUACUUGUAGGUCAGUCUUUAGUCUUUUGAAUGUUUGUUUUUUGUUGUGGUGAUGUGCUGAUUGCGCCGAUCACUUUCAAUAUACGCUUUUCCAGUUACGAA